AUGUUCUAUCCUAUAUUGGCCAAGCACUUGCGGAAGUUCAUUCGACUGGCUGAGAAAACUAAGAAAAGACGUAGGUCUUUCAGCCCUGAAGAUGAUUAUAAUGGCAGUUCUGAAGAAGAUAUUCCCCAGUUUUUGAGGAAGAAGAUUUUUCAUCUGAAGAUGGAGAUUCCGGUUCCUCUACUGCUUUCAUUGACAACAAGAAGAUCGAAUCUUUCAUCAAAUCUGUUCGUGAUACCCUGGAUCUUAGUGAUAAGAGAGAGGAAGAGACUGCUUCUAGUAAACACUUUGCAGACUUGA